CUCUACCACCAUCUUUUAUAAAAAGUUAAUCCGCAACUCUCGCAAUCAUGGGUGGUGGAGAUUUGAAUAUGAAAAAGUCCUGGCACCCUCUCCUAUUGAAGAAUCAGGAGAGGGUGUGGCUCGAGGAGAAGAAAGCUCUUGAGGAGAAGAAGAAACUCGAUCAACUUCGUAAAGAAAAGGAAGAAGAGCGUCAACUUCAGGAGCUUCAACGUUUGCAAGAGGAACAAACAGGCAAGAAACGAACGGAGAAGUUGGAAUGGAUGUAUGCAACGCCUGCGACGGGUAGUAGUCAGAAUCCGAAUGAUUUGGAGGACUAUCUACUUGGAAAAAAGAGAGUAGACAAGAUUUUGACAGCCGACGAGAACGCAAAGCUCGGCGCUGCGCACAAAAAUUUCAUUGCAGUCCAGAAUGCGAACAAUCAAAGGGACAUAGCUGCCAAAAUACGUGAAGAUCCGUUAUUCGCAAUCAAGCAGCAGGAACAGGCGGCAUAUCAAGCUCUCAUGACAAACCCUUUACGACUGCGGGAAUUACAGGAACGCAACGGUAUAAAACCUAAGAAAGACAAGAAGGAGAGGAAACGAGAAAAAGAGGAGCGCAAAAGGCUGAAGAAUGAAAAGAAGCAUCAGAAGGACCGAUACUCUCGCUCGUUGAGCCCACGCUCCAGACAUUCGACGACAUCAUCGGAGCGCUACUAUCGUUCAAAACGUUCUGCUAGUCCGGAACCAUACUACUCUCGUUCUCCCGUGCCAACCCGUCAGCCGACUGACGUUCGCGACCGGUGUCACAAUCAUACAGAGACCCGACGCCGAUACAGCAGGAGUAGGAGUCCUUUGCGCAGGGAUCAAAUUCGUGAGCGUAUCCACUCCAUUCCGACACGCUCCAGUCGAGUAGACGGCCGGAGUCUGAGUCCUCCUAGGCGACGUCUCGAAAAUGGCAAACGUUCCCGAAGUCGGAGUCCACCAUCAAGUGGCGAGCGCAGUUCGAGCCCAAAACGUACACGUGUUCAUCGCUCUCCAGCUCCGCCUCCACGGUCAUCCCGACCCGUUGAACGCGACUCCAUAAACGGUACCCAUGAUCGUGCUGCACGAUUGGCAGCCAUGACUUCCAACGCAUCAAGCAUGGUGGCGGAGCGACAGGAACGACUCAAGGAACUUCUUGAAAGAGAGAAGGCUGAAUUGGAAGUUGACGAAGAAGCCAGAGCGAAAUCAAAGGGCAUGAGCGGGUUUUUAAGCCACGAGCAGAAGAAGGUCUUUGGUGGUGUUGGUGGUUUAGAAGAUCGUAUCAGGCGAGGAAGAGGGGGAAUGGUAGUUGACACCGACUAACUCAGGUACCCGUCAUUUUUUCUUCUUCUAUGUAUACUGUAUAUCCCAAUAACAUCACUGUUGUUGCAUUU